AAUUUUUAACAAAACUUCUGCUAGAAAGAGAAGCUAUGGGGUUCGGGUUAGCGAACGUUAAGCGAAUCCCGGGCUCAGCGGCCCGUUCAUGCGACGGCUGCCACUCCGUCGCCGCCACCGUGUACUGCCGAGUCGACUCGGCGUUCCUGUGCAUAACGUGCGAUUCGAGGGUCCACUCGGGCACGCGCCACGAGCGCGUGUGGGUGUGCGAGGUGUGCGAGCGGGCCCCAUCCGCCGUCACAUGCAAGGCCGACGCCGCCACUCUCUGCGUUUCCUGCGACAGUGACAUCCACUCUGCCAACCCUCUCGCCAGCCGCCACGACCGCCUUCCCGUCGAACCCUUCUUUGACUCCGCCGCUGCCGCCUCCGAUUUCUCCGCCGCGACGUGUCAAUCCCACGAUCUGGAAGUGUGCUCGUGGCUGAUCCCCGACGAGUUCAGCGAGAAGCCCGGAAUAAACAUCGACACAACCGCAGAAAUGAAUUCUUCUGAUUUUGUUUUCUCCGAUUUCGACGGAUUGGCCGACUUCGUGUGCCCGAACUCGUUCCAUCCGCCGCAUAACAGCACCGGAGCAGACAGAGUUGUCCCGGUUCGGACAAAGACCAACCUUGUCUCAGCAGGUAACAACGAACACUGCUUCAACAUAGACUUCUGCGGAUCAAAGCUUUCAACUUUCAGCUACGCAACUCAAUCCAUCAGCCACCGUGUUUCGACUUCGUCCCACGAUUUCGGCGUCGUUCCGGACGGAAGCAUCUCCCUGUCGGAAAUCUCGAUACCCUUGGGCCGAAACGUGAUCGCCGGUUCGACAGCGACCGCGGGCGAUCCGAACCCCUCCAUUUUGGGAGGAACCACGAGCCAGCAGAUAUGCGGUUCGGACAGGGAAGCUAGGGUUUCGAGGUACAGAGAGAAGCGUAAGAACAGGAAGUUCGAGAAGACGAUCCGUUACGCCUCGAGGAAAGCCUACGCCGAAUCGCGACCAAGGAUCAAAGGUCGCUUUGCCAAACGCACGGACGCCGACAACGACAACGACAACGACGUCGUUCUGGUUGGCCACGUGUACGGUUCGGCCUCCCAGUACGGCGUCGUACCAUCGUUCUGAUUCGGCGGGCAUAUUUUAAAUUUAAAAUGUUCCGAUCAGUGACAGUUUAUAUAAUCCUUCGGUGGAGUUUUACGGCGUGAGUUUAAAUUUCCGGGCUGCUUCUUUUCUCCGCCGUCGAUUAUCGCGGGAGCAUAAUGACUAUAUUGAGUUUUUUUUUUCAUAUAAUUAAAUAAUUAUUUGUGGAAUUAUAACAUGGGUAAAAUCUUUUUCUCCGUUUCUAUUGGCUGAUGUGUUCCGAUCUUUCUGGGAAUGGGUGUUCGUAUUCUGUUCGGGUUUCUGUAAAGUCAAUCUCUAUCUAUCGGGAAGUACAAUAUAGGGACAAAUCUUAUCUGUCCUUUAUGGCCGAGUAAUAGUCAUUUCGAUUUUAUGGUAAAUGUGAUAAGUUGCUUUUGUC